UGUGUGUGUGUGUGUGUGUGUGUGUGUGUAAAGCGCAGAAGGCGGAUGCAGACAAGAUUCUCUCCUCUUCAUCAUCGGGAAUAAGAACGCCUCUCGGAUAUUUUCCUCGGAUUCUGAUUUUCCCACAUGCUCUGACAUCCAUCGCGCACGCGGGAACCACCCCUUCACAUCUUUGAGCUGUCAAUCAUUUUCACGCUGGGAAUUGUACAUGUGAGUGCAUGGCGCACCGGGCAGGGCGGAUCUGCUCACUGGGGAGAAAAACGCCGGCCAAUAUGGAUAAAAGGUCACCACUUGACUCCCUCUGAUCAGCGACAGCGUCCUGAUAGCGUUGGACGGACCGGGGAGCGGGGAAGAUGAUGUGCGAGGUGAUGCCGACCAUCAGCGAGGGAGACUCGGCUGGUCCGCCGAGAGGAACCGGCGGCGGAGUCCCGAACGGCUCGGAGCAGGAGGCCAACUUCGAGCAGCUGAUGGUCAACAUGCUGGACGAGAGAGACAAGCUUCUGGAGUCCCUCAGGGAGACGCAGGAGACACUCAUCCAGUCCCAAACGAAGCUGCAGGGGGCGCUGCACGAGAGGGACAUGCUCCAGCGGCAGAUUAACGCCGCGCUUCCUCAGGAGUUUGCCACCCUGACGAAGGAGCUGAACAUAUGCCGGGAGCAGCUGCUGGAGAAAGAGGAGGAAAUAUCGGAGCUGAAAGCUGAAAGGAACAACACCAGGCUGCUGUUGGAGCACCUGGAGUGUCUGGUGUCUCGACAUGAGCGCAGUCUGAGGAUGACGGUGGUGAAGAGACAGGCCCCACCGCCAUCUGGAGUCUCCAGCGAGGUAGAGGUCCUCAAAGCUCUGAAGUCGCUGUUUGAACACCACAAGGCACUGGAUGAGAAGGUACGUGAGAGGCUUCGGGUGGCAUUGGAGAGGGUGGCGACCCUGGAGGGACAGCUUGCAGCUACCACACAGGAGUUGAACAUGGUGAGGCAGAGGAAAGACGGUGACUCAGCGGAGCGAUCAGAUGGAACCAAACCUACGUGGAAGAGACUACCCAAUGGAUCUAUAGACGCCAACGACGAUGGCAGCCGGGCGUCGGAGCUUCAGGAGCUGCUGGAUCGGACCAACAAGGAGCUGGCUCAGAGCCGCGAGCAGUCUGCCACGCUAAACGCCCGCAUGGCCGAGCUGGAGGCGGAGCUCACAAAUGCACGGCGAGAACUGAGCCGCAGCGAGGAGCUGUCAAUCAAACAACAGAGGGAGCAGAGGGAGAGAGAGGAUUUGGAGGAGAGAAUAACAACCCUAGAGAAACGCUACCUGGCCGCCCAGCGGGAGACCACACACAUCCACGACCUCAACGAUAAACUGGAGAAUGAACUGGCCACCAAAGAUUCACUGCACAGACAGAGUGAAGAGAAAGUGCGCCAGCUGCAGGAGAUGCUGGAGAUGGCAGAACAAAGGCUGGCUCAGACCAUGAGGAAGGCGGAGACGCUGCCAGAGGUGGAAGCUGAACUGGCUCAGAGAGUCGCAGCACUUUCCAAGGCCGAGGAGCGCCACGGCAACGUGGAGGAGAGGCUCAGACAGCUGGAGUCACAACAGGAUGAGAAGAACCAAGAGCUUGCAAGAGCUCGUCAGAGGGAGAAAAUGAAUGAAGAGCACAACAAGCGUUUGUCUGACACGGUGGAUCGUUUGCUCACGGAGUCCAACGAACGUCUGCAGCUCCAUCUGAAGGAGCGCAUGGCUGCCCUGGAGGACAAGAACUCCCUCAUUCAGGACCUGGAGAACUGCCAGAAACAGCUCGAAGAAUUCCACCACACCAGGGAACGCCUGAUUGGAGAGAUUGACAAACUGAGAAAUGAGAUUGAUCAUCUGAAACGCCGCAGCGGGGCUUUUGGAGAUGGGACUCAUCCUCGGUCUCACCUGGGGAGCUCCAGUGACCUCCGCUUCUCCGUGGUGGAGGGUCAGGACGGCCACUACAGCACCACUGUGAUCAGGCGGGCUCAGAAGGGCAGGCUGUCGGCGCUACGAGACGACCCAAACAAGGUGUGUGCCGUGUUUGAACAGGACUACCCGUCUCUACGCGGGAGCGUAAGCCACCUGCUCGGCAGUGACAUCGAGGCCGAGUCAGACAUGGACGACGACGUCAGCUCGGCCCUGCUGUCCCCCAGCGGCCAAUCAGAUGCUCAGACUCUCGCGCUCAUGCUGCAAGAGCAACUUGAUGCCAUCAAUGAGGAGAUAAGGAUGAUCCAGGUAGAGAGAGAGUCAGCAGACCUGCGUGCGGAUGAGAUUGAGUCUCGUGUGAACAGCGGCAGCAUGGACGGUCUCAAUGUGACACUUCGACCUCGUGCUCUGCCUACCUCCGCCACGGCCCAGUCCCUGGCUUCAUCCUCCUCCCCACCCACCAGCGGCCACUCCACACCAAAACAUCAUGGUCGAAACACCAGCCAUCAUCUAGGAAUCAUGACUUUGCCAAGUGAUUUGAGGAAACACAGAAGAAAGGUUGCUUCUCCAGUGGAAGUGGACAAAGCUACAAUCAAGUGUGAGACAUCACCUCCUUCCUCGCCGCGGAGUUUACGGCUGGAAGCCAAUUUUGCUCAGUUCACUGGCAGUCUGGAAGACGGACGAGGAAAACAGAAGAAAGGAAUCAAGUCGUCCAUUGGCCGAUUGUUUGGGAAGAAGGAGAAGGGUCGGAUGGACCAGACUGUUGGCAGGGAUGGCCAGUCUCUGCCAGCUUUAACAGACUUUGAGAUGGGCAUCGGUGACACUAUGACUCUGGGAAAACUGGGCACACAGGCCGAGAGGGACCGCAGGAUGAAGAAAAAACACGAGCUUCUGGAAGACGCAAGGAAAAAAGGUCUUCCGUUUGCACAAUGGGAUGGUCCCACUGUUGUGUCAUGGCUAGAGCUGUGGGUGGGGAUGCCAGCCUGGUAUGUGGCAGCCUGUCGCGCCAAUGUGAAGAGUGGAGCCAUCAUGUCAGCGCUGUCAGACACGGAGAUCCAGAGAGAGAUUGGCAUCAGCAACCCUCUGCACCGACUCAAACUGCGCUUGGCCAUCCAGGAGAUGGUCUCCCUCACCAGCCCCUCUGCACCACUCACCUCCAGAACGUCCUCCGGAAAUGUGUGGGUGACUCAUGAAGAGAUGGAGAACCUGGCUUCCUCCACUAAAGCGGACAAUGAGGAGGGCAGCUGGGCACAGACGUUGGCGUACGGGGACAUGAAUCAUGAGUGGAUUGGGAACGAGUGGCUGCCCAGUCUCGGCCUGCCUCAGUACCGCUCCUACUUCAUGGAGUGUCUGGUUGAUGCGCGAAUGCUGGACCAUCUGACCAAGAAGGACCUGAGGAGCCACCUGAAGAUGGUGGACAGCUUUCACAGGGCUAGUCUGCAGUAUGGGAUUAUGUGCUUGAAGAGGCUAAAUUAUGACAGGAAAGAGUUGGAGCGCCGGAGAGACGACAGCCAACAUGAUAUGAAAGAUAUUCUGGUGUGGACCAAUGAGCAGGUGAUCCACUGGGUUCAGUCCAUUGGUCUAAGGGAGUACAGCGGUAACCUGUUGGAGAGCGGCGUUCACGGGGCGCUCGUCUCUCUAGAUGAGACUUUCGAUUACAGCAGCCUAGCGCUCAUCCUGCAGAUCCCCAUGCAGAACACACAGGCACGGCAGGUUCUAGAGAGGGAGUUUAACAACCUGUUAGCCUUGGGAACAGAUCGCCGACUGGAGGAGAGUGGGGAUGACAAGUCAUUUCGACGCUCUCCAUCAUGGCGUAAGAGGUUUCGGGCUCGUGAGGGAGGGACAGGUCUUGGGAUGAUGGCAGGCUCCAUGGAAACGCUUCCGGCUGGCUUCCGCAUGCCCGCCAUGUCCAUGCCUCCUUCUAUGAAUUUGGCUCCCAGGAAGCAACUUCAGCCUGAAGCUGCACCCCCAGCACCCCCGAGACUCGACCCCUCGGCCGUGCGGACCUACUCCUGCUAACUGCAUUUGACUUACUAACCGUAGCAUUAAUGCUACCAGUGCAUUCUCAUUACCUAUACGGACACAUGCUUGCGGCCUUUUGAGAGUGAUAUGCCAAAUCUGGAGAGGACAAAUCCUGGGAACGCCGGCAGAGUGAGGUCUCUCUCUCCUCUGUCGCCCAGCCUUACCUCCUUCCUUUCAUCUCUCUCUUCCCCUUCGGACACGUGCAAUACAGUGGGGCAACUAUGACCUUUGAACUCUGAGAGUGCUGAUUGGCUGCGCUUGCUGCUGUAAAGGAGGCUCGUCCUGGUCUCGCCCUGUUUACCCCAGUGCACCCAGUAGCCUUGUUGUCAUGGUGUUGUGUCCCUGCUCUCCCUAUCUUGGCUGUGGGUCCUUGUCCUGGUUCUAAUAGUCUCAACGUGACAAAGACCGCACAAAUCUUCCUGUGUUAACACAACAUGGUGUUGAAUAGUGUGAAAAAGGUUCAAGAGGAUGAAGACGAGUCAUUACUUUGGACUUGAGAGUGAAGAAUACUUGUAUAAAUGGCAGUUUUCCUCUGCCCAAAACCCUUCUACCGGUUAUGCAAGGUAUUAAUCAUCUAUCGUCUUUGUACAUAAAAUGGAUAACUUAUGUUUUUUAUAGAAAUAUUAUAUAUAUGAUAUAUAUAUAUAUUGGAAGUAUAUAUGGAAAACAAUGUAACAUUGCUGUAUGGAACCCAAUGCCCUGUAUUCGAUAGUGACUGUUCUCUUUCUUUCUCUUUCUCUCUGUGUUGGACCUUUGCGUGUCUUUUGCUGUGCGCUGUGUGUAACGUAGUGGUGGGGCGGACUCACUAAAGGAAAGUGUGCAUCUCUAAAGGGACUCUUCACAGGUUAAUGGGUCCAAAUCUCUCUUUGCCUCUUCUCCUCUUCUUUCCUUUUUCUCUUCUUCUUGUCCAAUUUUUUGACACGAUGUAGCUGUUACUUCUCUUCCUCUUUCUGCCUCUAUCGCCUUCUGUAUGACACUAUGUAGCCUAGAAAGGGAGGGAAAUUUAAUAUGAGUGUGUGCGUGCGUGUGUGUGUGUGUGCGAGCAAAUCAGCCUAUCUUCUGGAGACUUGUGAGGGGUCGUGUGUGAGUGAAAGGCUGACCCCAGCCGUGUGACCGUGACCUUUUGGUGUGUGUGUGUGGACGGUAGUUUGAACACUAUAGCUCAUCCCUGUUGAUUUUAAACUCAAGAUAAACAGAAAGAAUUGCUGCUCAACAUCAGCCAACGAUACACACACAAUACUGCUCUUGUAAUCAGAUGUUGCUUCGUCGCCUCUGGUUUAGUUUCCAUAGAGACGAGCCAGCGAUCAGUCUCAUCUGACAAACUCCUCAUCCAACGAGAACACAGCAGAUGAACUAGUGAAUUGCUGGAUGGCUGAACAAUCUUAUUUUUAUUUAUUUUAGUUUUUUUCCAAGGUGUCUAAAAGAUGUAAUGUGCUAUGUGGCAGCUAUGAGUACUGUGUCUUUAUUCCAGGUGUGAAGCAAUGCUGACAAAUCAAGAUUUUAUUAUUUGGCUAUCCAAAAAGAAAAAAGUACUGUAUUUAUGACUAUGUAGACAUGAGUAAAGCUGUUUUUAAAAAAAGAAACUUGAAUAUU